AUUUUGUCUUUCUAAAAAAACUUUUCUUUUCCAAUCAAACCGUACUAUUUCCCUCCUCUCUCUCUCUCUCUCUCUCUCUCUCCAGCCGCCUUCAAAAUCUUUAGCUUAUUCAAAGAAGAAACAAAGACCCUUUUCUCUCUCAAUCUUUCUCUCUCCGAUUCUUUGAGCUUGUUCUCUUGGUUUGUUCCGAUUCCCAGAUCAAAACCCAUCUUUUUUUCCUCGAUUUAUUCUGAUUCUCGUAUCAAAAUCCUACCUUUUUUUGCUCUGUUCUUGCUCUGUUUUGGCUGGAUUUCAACGAAGAAAACAACGAUUUCUUCAGAAAUUGAGACAUGGGUUUUUCGAAGAAGUCCCAGGUGGUGGACGGAGGCAUGGAAUCCGAAGGCAAGAAGUGGGUAAUCGCCGGAAUCUCGGUACGAACUUGCUUAAAGCCGGUAAACACAAAAUCGGCGAGGGGGAAGGAGACCGACGACGUAGAGGAAGAGGAGGAGUAUUCGACAACCCCAACAGCGAAAGAAACAAGAAUACCUGAGAUUUUGUCAUGCCCACCGGCGCCGAGAAAGAGCCGGCCGCCUUCCAGAUGCAACUUCAGCGGCGUGAAGGAGUUCUUCACACCGCCGGAUUUGGAAACGGUGUUCAAGCUCCAUGUUGAGAAAGCAAACUGAGUUGAAUAUUUAGGCUGCAAGAGCAAAAGAAUUAGAGCAGACAUUAGGAGUUUUUGUUGUGAUUUUUACCUUUAUUUAUUUGUUUUCACCCCUUUAGUGUUGAAUAGUGGGUCGUUGGUCUGUCUCUCUAAAUCUUGACGCCGCUCGUCAAAGCAGAGGUGCUUGUGUUGUACAAAGAUGAAAUAAUCUUUUAUGUAAUGGUUUAUUUCCAGAUUAGCGUUUAGGCCAAGUUUUUACUCCCAUAGUGAAGAUGAGUUCAUAUA